UGAAACACUACUACUGCCGGUCCGGGUCUGUGUACGAGCAAUACGCAAUAGCUGGCCAGCAGAAGAAACUCGUGUACGUCUACCGGCUUCGUCUUCUCAACACUUCAGUUAAAAGGAAGCGCUUACACAACUAUGAUGAUGAAGUUAGAGGUUUAUUCUCUGAUUUUAAAGCUUUAUUCGAUAAAGUGGUUUAUGAUGAUCCUGGUUCUGAUUAUGACGAAACUGAAGCAUGCUCUAUGCAAGAUGAAAUUUCGGACUUGUACAUUUCUCUGAUCAGUGACUUGAAAAUAGUGUUACCUGCUAAAACAAAAGAAGUAACACCUCCCACCCAACCAUCUCUGCGACUGCCCAAAUUUGAGUUGCCCAAAUUCAGCGGUAACUACGAAGAAUGGCGACAUCACACUCUCUUACAUGACUCAACUCCCACACAACAGCAGCCAAGUUACCCAACCAAGGUUUUUGAAAAAAAAUAUGGUAAGCCGCCUACAAAUAACGCACCCCAAAGCCAUGUCACCGCACCAGUGAAUAAAAGUGCUCUUGUAGGAUUGUCCAGCCAGUUAAACCCAACUAAAACAACAAUUUUACUUGGAACAUGUUUAGUUCAGGUGUUUUCCAAAGAUGGUCAGCAAACUGUACUCCGUGCUGUGCUCGACUCUGCAUCUCAACUUACAUUGAUAUCUGAAAGAGCUGUUCAGCUCAUCAGUGCCUCCCGUACUCGAGCACAUGAUGAAAUCCAAGGAAUUUCUGGCUCACUAAUUCAUUCUAGAGGAAUAGUGCACAUUGAUAUAUCUGCAGUUAAUGGUCAACGCUUAGCCUACCAUCAUCCAUGCUUGGUUUUGAAUCGUAUCACUUCACCACUGCCUCAGAUCCCAGUCUCACCUCAAGUGAAGGGAUCUUUAAAUGAUUUUGUUCUUGCAGACCCCUGUUUUGACAAACCUGGAGAAAUUGAUCUAUUGAUCGGACCUGAUUUAUUCGCUCUCUCACUGACUGGUGAGCAGCACUUCUUAGGCCAUAACCUGCCCCAAGUUUUAGGAACUAUAUUCGGAUUUGUUGUAAUUGGCAUAGCUCCUGUUGCUACAUCUGAGUUAUCAAUCCCAAAAACUGUUUCUUUUCUCACUACACAUGAUGGAGACCUUCACAGUUCACUUCAAAGGUUUUGGUCAAUCGAAGAACCCCCGACAUGUGUCAAGACUCAGUCAGAAGAAGAUGUUCUCUGCUUACAGCAUUUUGAAAGAACCCAUACACGUGAUAACUCUGGUCGAUAUGUUGUUAAGUUACCGAAAAGACCAAAUCAUCCACUAUUAGGUGAAUCUUGUAGUACAGCUCAACUUAGACUUAAAGCGAUGGAAAGAAAAUUUGCUGCUCAGCCCGAAUUCAAAGAUUUAUACUCCGAAUUUAUGGAUGACUACAUCAAAUCAGGUCACAUGAGUGCAUGUGAGCAACCCCUUUCUGGUGAAUGUUACUAUUUACCCCAUCAUGGAGUAUUUAAGGAGAAUCCCCCUAAUUCCAAAAUACGAGUCGUAUUUGAUGGUAGUUCCAAAACAAAUAAUGGCGUCUCCCUAAACGAUAUCCUCAUGCCUGGCCCUAAGUUGCAGAAUGAUAUUAGUGAUGUCUUGCUGUACUUUAGGUGUCACAAGUUUGUGUUCACUUGUGAUAUACGACAGAUGUAUCGCCAGAUUCUGGUGGCUGAAGAUGACAAGAAAUAUCAGUUAAUCUUUUGGCGAUCCAACCCUGAUGAAUCCCUUCAAGUCUUAAAGCUAAAUACCGUCACCUACGGUCUCAACUGUUCCCCGUUCAUUGCGAUCAGAACAUUACAACAAUUGGUCAAAGAUGAGGGUCACUCAUACCCCAAGGCGUCUGAGAUUCUAACUAAAUCAAUAUUUUAUGACGACAUCAUCGCUGGAGCAGAAAGUCUUGAUGAAGCUUUGUCUGCACAGAAUGAACUCAAGAACUUGCUCUCUAGAGGAGGUUUUGAACUCCGAAAAUGGAUUAGCAACGCACCCCAACUAUUGGACCAAGUCCCAAUUGAACACAAAGAGACUCCAGUGGAGUUAACUGAAAAUAGUGAAGCCUUCUUCAGUGUCCUAGGUCUAAAAUGGACUCCAGAGUCUGACAUGCUUUCUUACAAGGUUAAGGAUGUUGAAAUAAGUGCUAUACUUACAAAGAGAAGAAUAUUAUCUACAAUCGCUAAAAUGUACGAUUUACCAGGAUUUCUUACACCCGUAAUUUUCUGGGCAAAAACACUUAUUCAGUAUCUCUGGACAACAGGGCUAACUUGGGAUGAACCUGUUCCAAAUGAUGUUAGAACCAAGUGGCAUUCAUUCUUAGAAGAACUCCCAAUAAUUCAAGAAUUAAGAAUUCCACGCUACAUUUCUACUUCUCUGCAUACGGCUGUGCAACUCCAUGGCUUCAGCGAUGCUUCAGAGAAAGGCUACGCUGCUGUUGUCUACCUUCGUGUCACUGACUCUCAAGAGAAUACAAGGCUCUAUCUCAUCGUCUCUAAAUCAAAAGUCGCUCCUUUGAAAAGAAUUUCUCUGCCACGGCUUGAACUUUGUGGCGCUCACUUACUGGGAAAACUUCUUCAAUAUUCUUCAAACAUACUCUCUGCUCAUAUGAAGAUUGAAUCAAUCUAUGCUUGGUGUGACUCCACAAUUGUCCUAACCUGGAUACGUACUCUUCCAUACCGCUUGAGAGUCUUCAUUGCCAAUCGUAUUUCAGAACUCCAAGAAUUGGUCUCUCCUCACUCAUGGAAUUAUGUCAAAUCUCAAGACAACCCGGCCGAUUGCGCCACUCGUGGUCUUUCACCCUCUCAACUUGUGACUCAUCAUUUAUGGUGGAAUGGACCGGAAUGGUUACAGUCAUCGUCAGAUUCUUGGCCUAAGCCAAAAUUCACACCUGUUAUUGAUGAUGACACUCUUGAAAUAAGGCCAAAUCCUCUAAACGUUCUAGCAACCACAGAGAAGAUUAAACUCACUGAUUUUGAUAUACUAGAAAAAUAUUCAUGUUUCAGGAAACUUGUAAAUGUCAUGGCAUAUAUAUUGCGAUUCAUUCAUAAUCUGCAAGCCAAUGAUCCCCGCAUUGGACAACUUACUUGCCAAGAAACUUCUUCAGCGAAAUUAAGAAUUUUCAAACUCAUACAAAAUACAUCAUUUAAGGAUGACAUCUCUGCUCUCAAAAGGGGAUCUCAAUGCAGCUUAAAACUUGCUCGUUUAUCCCCAUAUAUUGAUGACAGUGGAAUAGUGCGAGUAGGCGGCAGGUUGAAACAUUCCAACCUUACACAAGAUGCGAAACAUCCAGUUUUGUUACCUAAAUCUCACUGUACUGUCAAACUGUUGAUUAUGCAUUAUCACCUAAAGCAUCUACACGCAGGCCCUCAAUUGCUGCAGUCUAUUCUGUCUCAAGAGGUUUGGAUAUUAUCAGCCCGCAGCGUGAUAAGAUCUGUGAUUUUCAAGUGUCAAAGAUGUUUCAGACUUAAGCCUGUAAACAAACCUCCACUGAUGGGAGAUCUUCCUGAAACUCGAUUAAAACCUGUAAGGCCAUUCUAUCACACUGGCAUGGACUAUAGUGGACAUUUUGACAUUAAAGUUCAUUCAACUAGGAACGCUCAACAGUUAAAAUCAUACCUCUGCCUCUUUGAUUUCAUCAAGGAAUCAAACACUAAAGAUGCUCUUAACAACUUCGCGUUAGAUCACUCAAUAAAUUUCCACUUUCAACCACCAGCCGCUCCCCACCAAGGAGGCCUAUGGGAGAGUGCUAUAAAAAGCUCUAAAUAUCAUCUGAAAAGAGUCAUAGGCGAUAGAGUUCUAACACUAAUGGAAUUAAUAACACUCGCCACACAGGUGGAGGCUGUACUAAACUCGAGACCCUUAACAGCGUUAUCCGCUGAUCCAUCUGACAUCUCAGCCCUUACUCCGGGUCAUUUUCUUAUCGGCACUUCUCUUGUGGCAGUACCGGAACCAAAUCUUGAAGAAGUUCCCGAAAAUCGUCUCAACCAUUGGCAAACUGUACAAGCCCUACAUCAACGCUUCUGGCGACGUUGGCAUCAAGAAUAUUUACAUCAGCUACAACAAAGAAAGAAAUGGCAAAAGCCCAACAAGAAUCUAGAAGUGGGUGAUCUCGUUAUAAUUCAGGACCCUAGAACACCACCGCUACUUUGGCCUCUUGGACGCAUAGUGAAGACUUCGCCUGGAUCAGACGGCAUCGUCCGAGUUGUCACCAUCAAGACUCAGCGGGGAACCUUCUGUCGUCCUGCUACCAAGCUGUUGCCACUGCCCACAAGUGUGCCAGUGAGUCCAGACGAGGCUGAGGAUCAGGAUAUGAGGAAAGCGACCCCACUGCGGGGAACUGUGGAGUGGGCCCCGCCUCGGCCACAGAUCAUCUUUACCGCCCACCCCCCUCCAGAACGACGCAUUCUUAUGGCCAAGCAGAACUACAGAUGUGCAGGCUGUGGUCUGACAGUUGCGCAGCAGUACGCAGGCAGGUUUAGAUACUGUGAGUAUCUCGGCCGAUACUUCUGCACCGGCUGUCACACCAAUCAGCUGGCUGUCAUACCUGGAAGAGUGAUACAGAAAUGGGACUUUACCAGAUGUGCUGUCUCGAAUUUCUCGUACAGACUGCUGGACCAGAUGGCCAGUGAUCCGUUGUUUAACAUCCUGGAUCUCAACUCCGGAUUGUACUCUCGGGUGAGAGCCCUGGAUAGAACCAGGGUGUACAGGAUACAGCUGCACUACCUCAAGGACUUCCUCAACACAUGCCGUUUUGCACUACAAGAAGACGGUUGUCUACAGGAUUUUUUGAGGUCCACUCCCCCAUACUUUCUGAUGGAUCCCCAUGUCUACUCCAUCCAAGACCUGAAGCAGGUUAAGAUCGGAGAGAUGACUGAACAACUGAAACUCCAUGUAACGGCUGCUUUGGCUCAUGUGGAGGAUUGUGUGUUGUGCCAAGGACGAGGGUUCGUCUGUGAGGUGUGCAACAAACCCGAGGUGAUAUUCCCCUGGCAGCUGAUGAAGGUGGACAGGUGUAACAGCUGUGGCAACUGUUUCCACUCUGACUGCUACAAAGUCGGCACCACUGCUUGUGGUAGAUGCUUCAGACUGACCAAGAGGAAGAACUCCAUCCUCACAUCACCUGUUGAAGUGUCAUAGCGAAGACUGAAGUUCCAUCCAAGGAAGACUGAGAAUUUGUCGUAACACUGUCUGUGAUUUACCUGGUAGCUUAUGAAAAGUGAUAAAUGAAAAAAUAUCAAGAUUUUGCUCAAUGUGAGUUAUCAAUCAAAUACUAUAAAAGGACUGGCCUGAUGUAUUAAGGAGUUAAUAAUUUGGUUAGGCUGGAUAGAGUAUGUUAAUUGAAUUUUGGGUUACUUUUCUUUUUCCUUCUGUGGUUUAGAACAAAUUAUAUAUAGUUUAAGUAAACCAACCUGUUAUCAUAGUCUAUCAAAAUGUUAUUCUAGCAGUACCAAAGAUACAGAAGAAGUAAGUUAAAUUGAUCUUAACUUUUGAUAUGUUAGGUUAUUUUAUUUUUAUUUUAUUGCUUGGUUUAUUAUUGUAUGCUAAUGAUUUGCUCUUAAUCUGUUACUUUACAAACGAAGAUGGAUUAUUGUUAAACUAAUUGGAGGGUGAGGAUUACAAUACUGUGAUAUGAUCUGUUAAGUAUAAUUGCAUAUUUGGUAUGAGCAGCUCUUGUUAACUCACUUAGGUUUACAUUGUAUCAGAAAUUACAACUUUUUAAUGGACUUACAGGUAAUGAGUUAAAAUAUUUACGAAUAUUGUACCUAUAAAGGUAUAUGAUUGAGAUAGUAAUUAUAAACUAGCUGCAUUAUAGGAUAAUUUAGCUACCUUCAAUUAAUGUGUGGUUAGAUAUAUUUUGGAUCAAAGUUUUCUGCCAUAAAGUACUCAAAUCAAAAUAAGAUGCCACGGUACUGGUCAGCAAAAUCUGACUUGUCUCAUGCCUUCACUCACUACAGUUAGUUAUAAUUCAAUAUAUUUGGAGACACUUAGCUAAAGGCAUUUAGCCUUCCAACAAAAAGACUGGUGUGUACAGUAGGUACUCUUUUAUCCACCAUUUUAAGGAUUUUGGUUAAACUGAAUAACUAAUUUUAGUCAUUUUAACAGAAAGUGAACAUAUUAGUUAUUUACUAUGUUACUAUAAAAAUACCAACAUAAAUGGGACCUUAAUGAACAAAAGAGAUGUUUUAGGGGUCAGCUAAUAUUUAAUAACUUAAUUGCAGUAAGCACAUUUUUAAAACACUAUUCCUUUUAAAAUGAAUUCCUUGUGACAGGAAGAGUUGAUCAACCGAUGUCAGUUCAUUUGAUGUUACAUAAAUCAAAAGAGUGCCUACUGUAGUUACGUUUACAGAUUCCUCUAGAAUGUAUGUCUUUGGUUCGGCCAGUAGGUUAAGCACUGUGGGAUGAAAAAACUGUUUGUGAAUCUCUAGUACAGUAAACUAGUUUAUCGAAAUUGGUCUGUUCUGUUUUGCACCGUCCAAAAGUCACAUCAAAGUUGGUGCUUUUUGACUGCCAUAAUGUGAACUUUUGUGUAGAUCAGGUCUUUCCUAGCUCUAAGGUUGCAAGGUAGCCUACAUUAGGCAACUAUAAUUGUAUUGUUAUUGUUAGCUGUCUUGUGAAACGCCUAUGCUAUUGUACAAUUGUGUUUUAUUUUUAUACUAUAUUCUAACAACAAACUACGAGUGAAUUCUCGUAUCACAUCGCUUAAUAUUUUUAGUUUACUGUAAUACAAUUUUGAACAUAAACAUUGACAUCUAAGUUUUAAGAAUGAACUUAUUUUAUAAUUAAUUAUAAUUAACUAAAUUCACAAGUUUUCAUUUUAAUAUUUUUGAUAUUAUUACACAAUCAUCAUGUUUAAC